CUAAAUUUGAUGAAUUCUGGCCACCCAAAUAGACAGACUUUGUGGGAUUAGAGGACUAAGGUUGUUGGGAAGCAAAAUUUGAGUGUUAAUAAUGACUGGUGUUCCAACAGAUGUCAAGCUCACUCAAGAAACCAGCGAUAAGAAACGACAACCCAACCAGAAUCAAGACUCUAAUCAAGAUUUGUUAGAAAGAGAAAUUGGUGAAGAGAUCAAAGACAUGUCUCUUUCCACCUCGAGUUCAAGUUCGAGUUCGAUUCACCGAUCUGGUUCAAGACCGCAGCUUGACCUAAGCAAAGCCGCAAUACAGGGAAAUUUUGAAGAGAAAGACCCAACUAUUCUUUUGCCCAAUCAAUCUGAUGAUAUCUCUCAUUUGGCUUUAGAUAUUGGAGGCUCUCUGAUAAAACUGGUUUACUUUUCAAGACAUGAAGAAGACCAGUCUUCUAUCAACGACAGUAAGAAGGAGAAAUCAGGUGUUCUAAAUGGGAUUCGUAGAAGCUAUCGUAUUCUUGGAGGAAGGCUUCAUUUUGUCAAGUUUGAGACACACAAGAUCAAUGAAUGCAUUGAUUUUAUAUCUUCUAAGCAGCUUCACUAUGGUGGACUGGAUGGCCAUCUUUGGAGCUCUAACCAGUCUAACAGGGAUGAAGCUGUAAUCAAGGCAACUGGAGGUGGUGCAUAUAAAUAUGCAGAUCUUUUCAAAGAGAGACUAGGAAUCAGUAUUGAAAAAGAUGAUGAAAUGAACUGUCUUGUGGCUGGUGCUAAUUUUCUGCUAAAGACUAUUCGCCAUGAGGCCUUCACGCAUAUGGAAGGACGAAAAGAGUUUGUACAAAUUGACCAGAAUGAACUGUUUCCUUAUCUUCUUGUUAACAUAGGAUCUGGAGUUAGUAUAAUCAAGGUUGAUGGUGAUGGAAAGUUUGAGCGAGUUAGUGGGACUAAUGUUGGUGGCGGUACUUAUUGGGGAUUAGGAAAGCUUUUAACAAAAUGUAAGAGCUUUGAUGAACUGUUAGAGUUGAGUCAACGAGGAGAUAAUCGAACGAUAGAUAUGCUUGUAGGUGACAUUUACGGUGGUAUGGAUUACUCAAAGAUUGGGCUGUCUGCAUCAACAAUUGCGUCGAGUUUUGGGAAGGCAAUUUCGGAUACGAAGGAUCUUGAGGACUAUCGGCCUGAAGAUAUUUCUUUAUCCCUCUUGAGAAUGAUCUCGUACAAUAUUGGUCAGAUAUCUUAUCUAAAUGCAUUGAGGUUUGGGCUUAAAAGGAUAUUUUUUGGAGGAUUUUUCAUAAGGGGUCAUGCUUAUACAAUGGACACAAUCUCAUUUGCGGUUCAAUUCUGGUCGAAAGGAGCUGCAAACGCCAUGUUUUUGAGGCAUGAAGGGUUUUUGGGUGCAUUGGGUGCAUUUAUGAGCUAUCAAAAGCACGGUUUGGAUGAUGUCAUGGUCCAUCAGUUGGUAGAGCGGUUUCCAAUGGGUGCACCUUACACAGGAGGAAAGAUUCACGGACCUCCUCUAGGGGAUUUGAACGAAAAGAUAUCAUGGAUGGAGAAGUUUGUGCAAAGGGGAACAGAGAUAACUGCUCCUGUUCCAUUGGCUUCGCCAAGAACAACUGGCUUAGGAGGAUUUGAAGUUCCAUCGUCUAAAGGUGACAUUUUACGAUCCGACGCAAGUAAUCUAAAUGUCGGUGUUCUUCAUCUUGUACCUACUUUGGAAGUCUUCCCAUUGUUGGCAUCCCCAAAGGCGUAUGAGCCGAAUACAAUAGAUUUAUCUGACCCGGGUGAGCUAGAAUAUUGGUUGAAAGUUCUGUCAGAACAUUUGUCUGACCUUGUUGACAAGGCAGUGGCAAGUGAAGGUGGUACUGACGACGCCAAAAGAAGAGGAGAUGCAUUUGCUCGAGCGUUUUCUGCUCAUUUGGGAAGGUUGAAUGAGGAACCUGCUGCUUACGGAAAACUUGGACUAGCUAACCUUCUUGAACUAAGGGAAGAGUGUCUAAGAGAGUUCCAGUUUGUUGAUGCAUAUAGAACUAUAAAACAGAGGGAAAACGAAGCAUCUCUUGCUGUUUUACCCGAUCUCCUCCUCGAACUUGAUAGUAUGAACGAGAAAACUAGGCUUUUGACGCUAAUUGAGGGUGUUUUGGCUGCUAAUAUAUUCGAUUGGGGUUCGCGAGCUUGUGUUGAACUUUAUCACAAGGGUACAAUUAUUGAAAUAUAUAGAAUGAGCCGCAACAAAAUGCAGAGACCUUGGCGGGUGGAUGAUUUUGAUAUUUUCGAGGAAAGAAUGUUGGGUAAAGGGGACAAAAUUGUCCAACCGCAUAAAAGAGCGUUGCUGUUUGUGGAUAACUCGGGUGCAGAUAUUGUCUUAGGAAUGCUUCCAUUGGCUCGGGAACUUCUUCGGAGGGGUACUGAAGUUGUUCUUGUGGCUAACUCACUUCCUGCACUAAACGAUGUUACUGCGAUGGAGAUUCCUGAUAUAGUGGCCGAGGCUGCGAAGCACUGUGAUAUUCUACGAAGGGCAGCCGAAGCUGGAGGUCUGCUUGUGGAUGCAACCUCUAAGGAAAAUUCUUCGUCGGUUCCACUAAUGGUUGUUGAAAACGGUUGUGGUAGCCCAUGUAUAGAUUUGAGACAGGUUAGCUCAGAACUAGCUGCGGCUGCUAAAGAUGCUGAUCUGAUCAUAUUGGAAGGAAUGGGUAGAUCUUUGCAUACCAACUUCAAUGCACUAUUCAAAUGUGAUGCAUUGAAGCUGGCAAUGGUGAAGAAUCAGCGUUUGGCAGAAAAGUUAAUUGAAGGAAAUAUUUAUGAUUGUGUUUGCAGAUAUGAACCUGCUUCAUAAAUUAUAAUAUGUUUUUUUUUGUUUUAAUGUUGUAAUUUUUACUUUGCAUAUCUAUAAUAUUCAUUAUAAUAAUAUAACAAGGAUUGACACGGU